AUGUCUUUCCACGCGCCCGUUCUUCGAGCGGGUUCAAAAGCCGCCUCACCAUCAACAACAUUCAUUUGCACUCAGUGCAGAAACGCAACCCUUCUCCGUCGUCCUAAACGGCCAUACACAUUCACACAACUCAUUGCCCUCUCCGACGGAAGCACAUUUACCCACCGCACCACAUCUCCUCAAGCUGUUUACCGAUCUACACGCGACACCCGAAAUGCACUUCUAUGGAACCCCAGCAGUGAGAAAUUGCUAAACCGCGAAGACGACGAGGCCGGUCGAUUAGCUGCAUUCAGAAGCAGGUACGGACGAGGAUGGGAUUCAGCAACAAAGGACUCUGCGGAAGACGUGGAGGCAGCUGAGGCUAUUGCAAAGGCCGAAACUGGGACUGUAGCCGCGAAGGCACCUGGGAAAGAGAAAAUCGUGGAGUCUGAGUUUGAAGAUGAGGAUGAAGAUAACUUGUUGGAUUUAAUUAGUUCGUUUGGACAGGAAGACUCUUCGUCUGGAUCGAAGAAGAAGUAGAAGUGGCGGAGUUACAAGAUGUGAUAUGCCCGUUUUUCUGUAUUUUACCCCCUA